CAACCAACCACCCACCCACCACCCACCACUACCGGGACAAUUAAUCAGAUUUACUUACUUUAGUACUACCUAAGGGCCCAGUCGCCGGUUGGUCGGUGGAUCACUCACUCGCGCGCCACCCAGUUGACCGGUCACAUACGCAACGCAGUUUUUCUUUCCGCAAAGCACACAUUAGCACACAUUACAUUAUCUAUUCUAUCAACCAGCGUGUGUGUGUGUGUUCUGGUGUGUCCUGUCCUACGUGCGCCCCGAGGUCAUGAGAUGAUAUGACCAUCUAAGAGAAAUGGGCCAUCCGCGCCGACAACACAAAUGGAAUCAUGGCGGGAGCGAGGAUUUGUACCGGAUUCGGACUCGGACUCGGAGGUUGGACUGGAUAGCCAGGAGAGCAGGAAGCUGAGCGAGGAUGUUGGGGAUUCGACUGCCGCGGUUGCGGUUGCGGUUGAGGUGGUGGUGGGAGUGGAGGGGGAACGAUCUUCGUUGGAUGGGAGGGAUGAAGGUGAAGGACAACGACAACCGGAUGAGGAUGUACAAGUACAUGCACAUGCUCCUCAGGACGACAAUGUCGACUACAAUCGCCCUGUGACUCCUUCGAUCCCUACACAGGAAUCUGUUCAGCCUGAACAGGUUGAAAAGAUCGAACUGCAACUCCCUCCUGUGCUUCCGUCAAAUACUGCCGAUGAUGGUGUCGGACUCGAUCCGCCCUUGUUGGGAUUGGAACCUCCGGAGCGCGAGGUGACUCCUCGCGCCGGUGAAAACGCUGUGGACUCUCAAAUGCCUAAACACUCCCCAGAACAGAUGAAUGAUCCUUCCCAUGGUGCUGCCGAUCUCGAUAUGCCCUUGUCGACACUCCCGGAGGAUGGGGAGACUCCUCGCGCCGGUACAAAAACCGACGACUCUCGUUUGCAUCGCGCGCAAUCCUCAGAACCGAUGAACGCUGCUGCCGAUGAUGCCACCCCGCGGGCUGAGGAUAAUGGCACGAUGUGGGAUAUGCCAAGCUCCGAGGAUGAGUUGCAGUGGGGUCACCGACUCCCAAAGAAACCGUCCCAUGUCUACUCGAGGGCAAAGCGCGAUACUCAGACGCAGCCGCAGCCUCAGCCUCAGCCGCAACAGCAACAGCAGGAGGAGAAGGAGUACGAGAUGGACGAUGUUUCGUCUCCAUCGUCGCCCUUGUCGUCUGUUGAUUCUCUGCGUUUGGGUGUGACUGCGGAUGUGGACGAGAGUGGUCAAGGUGGGCAGAAACAACCCGAGGAGCCAACAGAGGAUAUCAUGGAGCAACUGCUACAAACUAUCGACAUCCCAGAGGAAGUUCUACAGGAGAUGUCACAGCCAGCACGAAGAUCUCUGCGAGAGCGCAAAGCCAUCCAGCUACAUCCUUACAUGCUGGAGGAUGCAAAGUACAGGGGUCUGAUGCGCGCACGAGGCGUCAAGCCUGUGCGUGCUCAAUACGACCUACCUCCCCCCGCAGCCAGCGAGAGUCAGAACAAAGGCUAUGUCGAUGGCGCUGAACCGAUUUCAGACAGCUUUGGAACCGAUUUUCAGUUUCCGCCAUCAUCUCCGGUAGAGUUUUGUCGGUUAUCGGAGAAAAGGCAUUUCAGGGGCUCGCCUGAACAUUCACGACAUGGCUCUCCACAACUGGGCGAAUCUCCGCGUAUCCUUACCGGCCGCCAAUCUAAGAGGCGCAAAAUUUCCAAGCCUCAGAAUGACCGCCCCCCUCAAACACAAUACCCGCAGCCGAGGGUAGUGAUUCAGAAUCCUUCGCCAAAGCGUUCAACCGCCCAUGUUCCCAGCCCACCACGUUCAGAGGAAAAUAUUAUCUCCUCGCCUCCAAUGGAGCCUUCCAACGUGUUCCGCUUUCUUCCUGGCUUCACACCGUCGUCAACUACAACGAAUGUGGAGCCGGAACAGACUAAUGCCCCGCAAGAUGUGGAUUCCAUGGACUGGUCUGAGGCAGAUGAUGGCCCCGAAGAUAUUCAUAUGGAGGGGACCCAGACGGAGCCAAAUUCUGAGGCCGAAGAUGCAAUCGAGGUGGAUGACAACCAAGACCAAGAUGACGCUGCUGUUAGGAGAUACCAACGCCGCAUAAAGGGUGUGCUACCAGCGUCAUGGCUACGAUUAGACCAAAGGAAGCAAGAAGAACGUACGAGUGCUACACAACAGCGCGAAAGGGUUUUGGCAAGGGAAAACGCCAAAGGAGUUGCUCAGAAAAUCACGAAAAAGAACGCCACCUCGAAAGCUUCAAGAUCCAGCGCGCAUCUCACAUCGCUAAGACAGCUUGCAGAUUCAGACAGUGGCGAUGAGAGCGAGGAUAGAGACAGCAGAGGCCAUGACAUCAAAGACAAUGCUUCACGCCAAUUACUCGCCCAAUUUGGCAUUCCAGAGUUUGAUAACGAAGAUGUUGAUAUUGGCCUCGAUAUUCCAGAAGACAAUCGCAUCGAUUACAUGUUCCCACCUAUGCCCCGUGGCCCUUCAGGACCUAGAGCCCCAAAGCAGGCAAAGAAACGGCCCACGUUCGAGACGGACAGUGUUCGGUCUGCUGGUGCACCCAAACGAACUCGCCUCAAGAAACAAGCACGAAUCACCGAUCAUGUCUAUGGGACCCAAAAACAGAAGCGGCCUCGACCCAGUGCGCCUAGACCCUCUCUGCCCAAGCUUGGAAUUUUGGAUGCCCCGGACGUUGCCUCUCGGCCUCGCAAUACGCAGCCGCAAUUUCUGAGGAUUGCUGCAAGGCAAGCACGUUCCCGUCAGGAUAGGGGAAGGCGAAGCCCCUCGCGGAAGGUCUUCAACCUGAGUUCCCAUGUGGAUACAGAGGAUGCCAAUAGUUCAUUACGGGAAUGGCGAUCUGGUCGUCUUAAACAGACACAAUUGCCGCAGCCACAGCCACGGCCACAGGCCAAACCUUCUCGUCGACAACCGCUCAUUGCCCUCUCUACAAAUAGACCGGCUGUCUUCCAGCGUACGAGAGAUAGAAGGGUGACUGAAUACAUGACUGAUGCUUCACCGGCGCCUCACCAUGGGGAAGCUAGUGAAAAAACUCCCAAUGCAGAUGCGCAUGAUCCGGAUCAAACCCCCAAGGCUGUUACACACCCCAUGCCAACACAACAGGCGAAGCAGCGAGCCAAUAAUAAAUGGGUUGUUCAAAGGAACCUUGCCAUCUCAACACUAAAGCGGCGAGACCCGCGACCUGCGAUGCUCGAGGUGGAAAAUCCCAGAGGCAAGCCUGUAUCGGCCUCGUCCUUUCAAAAAUCUUUAUCUCUGCUCAAUCGCGAUUAUCGACGUAAACGCCUACCGGAAGUCCAACGAGGCAACUUGGUUUUGGAUCGUUUCAUCUCAAGCCGCAGUUCGACUCCUACUGGCGCUCAGCAUAAAGACACAAGUCGACCCCCCAAGAAGCCGGAAAACAGCAAUGAUCAAACCCAACCCCGACGCCAGCUGAAAAAACGGCCGCCCAAGCGGCUCCAAAUCACUGCAGUCCCUGAUCAAAUCCCGGUGAUAGAACUGACCGACGUUACGCCCCAAUGGCAGGACAUGCCCACUCGCACUUCGGUGGGCGCGUUGCAUGGUUUUCAAAUUUCAUAUAGUAUAGAAUUCAACAUCGUUCCCCUGUACACAGGGACUUAUUUCCACGAAACCACAUUUCUUGGGAGCGGGGAGUUUUCUCGCUCGCUUGAUGUCCUGAAGCGCAACCUUGACGCAGAUGCUGGCCUUCUCUCAAUCAGGGUUGGAGAUAUGGGUUUUCGUUGGGGGGCAUGGAAUGACACUGUCUCUUCGGAGUUGGGGACGGUUUUCGACAGGAUGAUUGAGUGGUUUGAAAAGAACGAUGUGGACUCGACGGAGUCUCCUGUUGAAAGCCCCGAAAAGCAUGGCGGCAGCCUGUAUAGGUCUGUGGUCAAGUAUGUUACUAAUAUUUUGUCUUUUAUCGACCCUAUCGACAGGACGGGGUUUGUGACACGAGCCCAUAGUCUUGUCUGCAAGCUUUGUGAUGCGCUGUCAAUGUUGGUGCCAAAGACUGAGCGUGAGAUGGAGCUUUUCGCAGCGAUCUGUUCAUAUAACACGGUGUUCACCUACCAAGUGCUCCGGGUUGCCGAACAUGAACUUGUCGAUGACGCCCUUGCCAAAUUAGUAAUGGAAUCAUUGGACAACGCCUCUAAGCAAGCCAUCGCAGUCAUCUCAAGCCCGUUGGGACAGGCAAACAUCCGCAGAUUCCUUACAGAUAUGGAUUCCUCUGAACGACGCGAUGCAGGGAUCCAGAGGGGCCAAUGUGCUGUUGAGGCGUAUGUUACUGUUCGACACGUACUACGUGGUGUUGAUAAACGCUUGGAAGGUCUUCUGACCGAGACUUAUUCAAUACCAGACAAGGAUAUUGAAUCAACAGAUGUCAGCCGGCUGGAGGGAGUCUGGCCCUGCAUAUUCACCACACUCCCUUUGGACGAGUUCGAUGCCUCUGGCAUUGCCCGUGUGGGAUCCCGAUUUUGGCAGGGCAAUGGCAAUUGGCCCGUCAUCAAAAUGUUGCUUCGUCCGGUGCUAGAGAGCUAUGAUGCUACAUCGGCGACGCAGCCUGUCUCAUACUACAAGUACUGCAGGGCUUUGUUACAUAGGUGCUUUCAUCUCAUUACUGGAUGGGGCUGGCGGGAUUGCAAGCCAAUCCUCGAUACUCUCUACGAUUUCUUUGCCAGGUAUACUCUGUACAAUCUGAAGCAGGAGGAGAGUUUUAAAUCUCCUGCCUUUCUAGAUGAGUUGGACAGGAACCCAUCUUUGGAAGUGCAGCCCGGCGACCCCUGCUUUCAUAUCCUGCUGAAAAUCAUCGCGAGUGGAUUGCGGUACUUAUCGAAGGCCUAUGACAAGAAGAAGGUUCGGAACUUCGCAUGGCGCCUACUACCAAACCACGGCCGCGUGUAUCCAAAAGAAAAGCCCAUACACCAAACCGACUUGGAUGCAUUGAGGAACCAUCACGAUCUGUUGUGUACACUAUACUACGCUGUGCCUGACGGAUGUCGGCCUCGCCUCGAGACGAUCAAGAAUCUCGUCCACCCCGCCAGCUCCCAUCGCGAAACCUGCAAUAUCAGCCUUCGGUCAUGGGGCAGGCUUAUCCGCUUUAAGCUCUCGACGGACGAGGAUGUGUCUGGACUUGAAGCAUUCGCUGACUGGCAUUGCUAUUUCGUCACGGAGUUGCUGAAACAGCAUGCACUUGCGCGCCAGGAAGUUGAAGCGCAGAACACUGCGGAUAACAAGUUCUCGGAUCAGUUGAUUGAGAGGACAAUUGCCCAGAAUCAACGGCAGAUUGAGUCUUUACUGAAAACUGCGUUGAAUGGCCUGCAAAGUGCGGUUCAGUCAGCGCCGACAGUGCAACAUGCUCAGAAGCUUGUCUCGGGAGCACCGGUCAAAGCGUUACUGACACUUUUCAAUCCCAGGGUUGCUCGGGUGAAUACGACUGUCUCUGAGACUCUACAGGUGAUCAUUGCGUAUAUUAACAAGUGCAAUUUGACGCCGGCGGCUGAAGAGGCAAAUGCCCCUGUGGCAAAUGCUCCUCUUGCGGUCGACGAAGACAGCCAGGAGUAUGGAGAUUGGGCCGAUAUCGCGGCCGUGUAUGAUGAGUCUCCUCCAGCACCACCGGAAAUCGUGCAUGUAGAAGAAGUGUUUCAUCCGGCUGUGUUUCGGCUGAUAUCCAACUGCUUCGGUGAAGAUUACUGUCCCGAGGAUGCGAUUCUGCUGAAGGUUGUUGACUGCUGGACCUCUGUUGCACAUACCCUUGUCAAGCAUGGUCUGCGACACUGGGACAGCUAUCUCAGUCCAUAUAACGGUGACUCCUGGACGUCACUUCGUUUGACUAUACAGACAAGGAAGUUCACACCUCUGUUCUUGGCUAGUUGCAUUGAGAAGGAUACCAAGUUUACAACCGAAUGUAAAGUCCAAACGAUCGGGAUGUGGAUGUCCAGUUUGGUAGAACGGGUGUCGAUGUUGAAAUUCCAGCACCGUCUUACAGAAGCUUUGUUGAAUCAGGAAGGGACUGAGCCCCUGCUUCAGAAUCUUCCUUUCGUCAGGGAACAAAAAGGAUAUACGAUUACCCUGGAGGAUCUCAGCCACCGUCGGGUGUCUCUCAUAUCAAGUCUCCUGGCCAACAUGCGUGCGCACCUUCAAGGACUGGAAGACAUAGGGGCUCGAGAGCUCUCGAGUACAAAGCAGGAAUACAGGGAGAUCAUCCAGAAUAUGAUGUCGGCGAUGAAGGCAAACUAUCAAGAGCUGGGUAGCGGUGCAGCUAGCGCCCAAGGCGCCUACGUCGACUUUGUACACAGAAUAGUCGGGUUCCUGCAGCAGCACAGCCGGGAUAUCUGUCCUAUCGACUCGUUCUUUACUGAUCCUGCCUCAUUCCCUCUGCCCUCCGGGGACCCGACCUAUAUCGUGGCCCGAUUGAAGAGCUAUGAGCCGAAACUGUCGUCCGAGAAAGUCGCCAAGACGCUUAUCAUAUUCAUUCAGAGCGUAUCCGAGCGAGCGGCAGUUGACGGACAGCAGGAUUAUCUUGUCAAUCAACUCCACGCAUCUAUUGCAGAUACGUACGAGUCUGGUCUCCCUGAGAAGCCCACCCUGAGAGCCACCCUACUGCAGGCCGUCUUUCCGGCAUACCUUGAAGCUUCGUUGAGCAACCCAGCCUGCUGGAUCCUGAGUCGUCCUAUUAUCCAGACCAUUUCCCUCGUUCUCAAGGACCUCCUCUUCAACAUCGACUCCACCGACCCUUCAUGUGUUGCAUCCGUCCUGAAUAUCUUCACCUCCGUCUUCCAAACCUCGUAUACCGCUCUCUCAUUCAUCACGACGGACGCACUCACCGACCCGGCAGUCGCCACUACCGCCGCCUCCCUCCUCAAAAUGAUCACCUCCGCCCUCCCCAUCAUCGACUACAUCGACCGUGCAACCGAUCUCGACGAACGAAUCCUCUCCCAACUCCACACGUUCCACACCUUCAUCCUCUCGACCACAGACCCCGACAGCCUCUCUCCCGAACCCUUCAACGCAGACCCCAUCCCAUCCCUCCCCACAAUCACCACUUUCACCACCCCACCCUUCUUCCCUGACCUCCGCCUCUCCGCAAGCCGCGAACUCCGCUCCUAUAUUGCAGAAAGCUGGUCCCGCCACCAGCGCAAAUACUACUUCACCCGUCGCGGCGGCUAUCAGCCGCAGGAAAUCGAUAUCCAGCCUCCUGUCGCCGCGGAGCUGAAGCAGCCGCCAGAUCAGGUGUUUGGGUCUGCUGUUACUGAGUUCUUGGAUGUGGUACGCGGGCUGGAUCUUCUUCCUUCGCUUUCUUCUGAUGUCGAUGCGCAACGUGGUCUGGAGUAUGGGCAUGGGUAUGGGGUCGAUGUGUUGUAUACACUUGAUCUUUGCUCUUGAUGACGAUGACGAUGUCGAUGAUAGUUGAGAGUGCAUGGGUAUAGCUGGCUAUAGCUAUAUGGUUUUUUUUUUCGAAGGUGUUACGGUUCUGUGUGUUGGUUAUGUAUGCAUUGAUUGAUGGUAUACGCCCCCGGAUAUCUUCACCU